AUGGAAGCUGCCUCUUUUUUGCAGCAUCGAGGCUCAAGUUUGUUUCCGCAGAAGCCGAAGCGGAAGCCGACUGUAAAAAUAAUCACUGAGCAUCCAACGGUGUCCACUACGACCACAGAGUUGUUCAAAGACCAUGUCCAACUGCACACCAGCAGCCCCAUAACCACGGCCAUGGCUGCCUCUGCCACCGCCACCGCCCCUGCAGUCGCUGCCCCCGCAGUUGCCGCCCCUGCAGUCACCGCCCCCGAAGUCGCCGACCUUGCAGUCGCCGCCCCCGCCCCCACUCCCGUCGAUGGCCAGAACACUCAACAGUACUCUUCCUACGUUCCCCCUAAUCCCUCGCUGCCAGCCGUUGCUCCUUCCCAGCACAAUGAGAAGGGUCAUCUCGCCUCCGCCACGACUUACGCAGCGUCGGCUUCUAUCGUCUCCGACCACCACACCACCACUACCAACGUUGUUUUUCCUACGGUUUCUAAUGGAAGCGUCCCCUCCGCUGGCGCCCUUUCUCCACCGCCGUCGUCGUCAAUCUCAGACAUGCUCACUGAACUUAUGUCCGAUGUUGACCCAGUCAAUUUCACAUCUUCUGCCCUUAUUCCAUCGUCCUUGUCUCCCUUGGACAAGGAGGUCACAGAUCUUGGAGGGGACAAUGGCCUCAUUAAUGUCACCCUUCCUACCGGUGCUGAUAUUCAAGUUUCUAACGACAACCUCUUUGCAGGAGCCGCUACUACGAGGCCAUCUUCUCAGGACAAGCUCGCCGCCUCUAAUAGCAAUGCCAAUGUCGUGGACCAAUUCCUUGAGGACAACAAGGACAACAACAAUAUCGACUGGCGUUGGAUUUUUUUAAGGAAAUGUUGA